AUGUCAUCUGGUUAUGGUUUCAAUGGUGGGUCAAGUCGUUGUUUCGGUGAAUGGCAACGCUUUUUAGAAUGUUAUACGAAUGCUGAUACCUCACAUCCAGUCCAAUGCACUCCUCAAGUUGAUGAUUACUUUGAAUGUCUACAUCAUAAGAAAGAAAAAGCCCGUGUUAUGGCUAUCAAAUCUCAAUUACUAAAGAAC